UCCGGGGAAAACCCUACCCAAUCCCCAUCCUCCUCUCCCUCGUGCUCCCCAUCCCCGCCGCCUCGAGCCUCUCCUCCUCCCCUUCACGGCCCCCCAUCCCGGCAGCCACCUCGUGCGCAUCUCCUCCUCCCCAUCGCAUCCGCCUCAGCAGCAGCAGCCGGAGGUCGGCCCAGAGGAACUGCAGGAACGCCGGCUGCCGCAUCGAGCCGUCGUGAUGUCCUCGUCCAACCACUACCCGAUAAGGUUCUCCUCCCUCUCCAUCUCUCUUUCUUUCUCAUAGUACUAUUUUCUCACCUUUUUUCAUGGUGCAUCGGGUGAUUUGGUGUUGCUGGGGAUGGACACGAGAAGGGAAAGAAGAAAUGGCAGGGGAUAAGCCAGAUCAGGAGAAGAUGGCCACUGGCGAUGGAAUUGCAAUCGCAAUCGUUGCUCUGCUGAUAUUCACCUCCUUCCUAACCACCCUUGCAUAUGCUGUGGAGUUUGGUCCUUCGGCUCCCUCGGCCCAAUUCACUGUUUGCCCACGGUCACCAUCUGCAGAAGACAACAAUUGUUUUGUAUCAAAUUCUUCUGGUUAUAUUUUCAAGUAUUCGUAUUCUGCUUUAAAAUCACACUUUUGCAUUCAUAAUAUUAGUAUGUGUGCCAUGUCCAUGUUCUUCCUGGAGGUGCAUAUUGCAUCAAGCAUUGUGUGGUGGCAUGUUGAUUUAGCUUAUUAUUUGAUCGAGCUCGGCCUCCUUUGCGCCCACUUCAUCAUGCACAAUGCCUCAUAGGCCAUUCGAUUUGUGGUGUCUGCCAAUUGUAUGAUAGAAAGUAAUGGAAUAUUAAGCUAGUGGUGGAUGGCCUUCUCAAUCCUUCAGGGUAUGAAACUAUUUAGCCUCUUUGUUGUUGUUA